AUGAAUCUUUUUGGUUCCACCCCAUCAGAUGUCGAAGACAUCGAAGAAGUGACAAGUUCCGGUGAAGAUCAAUAUGAAGGGUCAACAAAGUCGACACAUACCGACUCCAUCCCACCGGUGUCUUCCAAUAGAGCAGAAAAAAAAGGAAAAUCUUCUUCGAAACCAAAAAGAUUUUGCAAGUUUAAUAAAGAAUGGAUAAAAAAUCCGCAAUACACGUCAUUUCUGCAAGAGUAUCGAAGCGAUUCAUCGCUCGCGCAUUGCUCCAUCUGUAAAUCGAAUUUCUCUAUCGCUAAUGGUGGUCUAUAUUUAAUCAACCGUCAUCGUGAACAGGAAAACCACAAGCGUUUAGCAGUCAUUGCAGCUGAGACAAUAUCUCGUUCCAUCUUUGAUUUCGUACAUCCACCAUCGCAACUAAUUGCUAUGACGGCUGCUGAAAUUACCUUAGUCUAUCAUGGAGUUCGUCAUGGUCAUAGUUAUAUCAGUCAAUCGUGUACAGCGAAGGUUUCAAAGAAGUUAUUCCAUGAUUCAGUUAUUGCAAAGGACAUUUCAUGCGGACGAACAAAAGCUCGCGAAAUAGCUGUAAAUGUUCUAGGUAAAUACGCUUUUAUUUUUCAUGCUGAGAUACUCACAAAUUGUUCAGGAGCUCCUUACUUCAACUCAAAAAUCACCGAGGCGGUCAAUCAAACUCGUUUUUUCUCCUUAUCAUUUGAUGCGUCGAAUAAAGGCCAUAAGAAAAUGUUUCCAUUCGUGAUCAACUAUUUCACAAUUGAUCGUGGCAUUGUGCGAUCUGUGAUGGAAGUCAUUGAACAGCCCAAUGAAACAGCCGACGGAAUUGUUGCUUCGCUUCGAGAGGUGCUGACAAUGAACAACAUCGACAUCAUGAACAUGACAUCGAUCGGCGCUGAUAAUACCAAUGUGAAUUUCGGUCGAUAUCAUUCAGUUUUCGCCUUGCUUCAAUCGAAUUUUCCUAAUCUGAAGAAAGGAAAUUGUUUUUCACAUGUACUGAAUAAUUCAGUCAAAAUUUCGCACCAAUGUCUGGCGGUUGAUGUUGAAUCGAGUUUGUCAAAGCUGUACGGUCAUUUCUCUUCCUCAGCGAAACGUGUCGAACAUCUCAAAGAAUAUUUUGAUUUUGUUGAACAAGAUCAACGAUUGUUACUGCAACACAUCAAAAUUCGUUGGCUCAGCCUUUAUCCAUCUAUUGAAAGAUUACUGAAAGUCUAUGAACCAUUGUCGGCUUACUUUUUGGAUAUGGGUGAUCACGAUGAAUUCACUUGUCCACCAAUUAUUGCAGAGUUUCUUACUUCGACCGAAGCCAAAUGUACAUUGUAUUUUCUUCAUAAUCUGUUAUUUGAUAUACAAAAGAAAGCCUUGGAACUCCAGCGACACUAUGUGUCGAUUGUUGAUUUGAAUCGAAUCGUUUCCAGUUUACGCGUGAAACUGGACGAACGAUUGAAACAAAAUUAUUUCGGUUACCAAACGAGAGUUUUGUUAAAUUCGAUGAUCGAGUCGGAACGAGACAAACUCACCCAGUCUUUCUUUGAGUAUAUUUCGACGAUGCUUGCAUACAUCGAAAAGUAUUAUAGCGAGCAGAAGGAACUCGCAGAACUGGCUGCCAUAUUUGGAGUUUGUGACCUCGAUCGAAUUACUUUUCAUCAGAUCGAACAGUGCAUUGAUUUUCUAAAGAUGGACAUCGAUCGAGACAGAUUAUUUGAUGAGGUCAGUUUGUUACGGUCAACAUGGAAAGAAGUGAUUUCAUAUCGAGAACCAUUGGAUCUUCAAAUUCAGCAACACAUCAAGAAUAACGUUAAUCAUGUUCCUGAGAAGUUAGACAAUGAUCUCUGGAACGAAUCGGAAGAUGACGAUAAUCUCUUCCACAAACCGACGACCAAUAACUGUGACAAAGAAAUGGAGAUCCGGUCUGAUCAAUUCUGGGCUUUUCUACUUGCAAGAUCGAAGCCGAUGUGCAUCGAAAUGCACAAAAUUGUUUCUUAUGUGUUCUCCAUUCCCUGCUCGAACGCAUUCGUCGAGGGAGUUUUCAGUCAUAUGAAAAAUGCAUGGACCGCCAGUCGAAAUUUGAUGGCGAAUGAAACUAUCGCUGCUGAACUGAAAAUCAGACUGAAUAGUCAUAUGAAAUGCGAAGAUUUUUUUUCAUUUAUACAAUCCCAACCAGAAUUGAUCAAGGCUGCUCGAAGUAAGCAAAAAUAUAGUUUCUUGAAAAAACGUGUACCAAUUAGUGCAAAUGGGAGUGUAAAUGGUUUUCUUUAA